AUGGCUAAAUAUGUUUUUGCGCGAGUUUAUGGAACUUCGAGAUUAUCACAUUGUGGAUGGGGAGGAUUGGGACCAGUUGGACCGAUUUAUAUUCAUCAUUCGAUUCGAAAUUAUCAAGAGGAGAAGAAUCCAUUAUCAGUUGUUGCGGUCAAAUUGUCAAUUUUGGCAAAGAAAUUGCAAAAGUCUUAUAAUUUGACAACUUCUCGAAAAUUCGGAGAUGCGAUUGUAAAAUUGCGAGAAUCUCAUCUUGCUAUCUGUUCCACUUUUGAUUGUAUCAUCGAAACAAAAAGUAGCAGAAGCUGA